AUGGCGCCGUCAGCCCCAACACUUGUUGCAGCCCCUGAAAAUGGAGACGUCGGCACAUCCAGCGCUGCCAGCACUGCUAGCAGUGUGUCGUCGAGGAGGGAGAUCUUUGAGUCGGAACCCGAGGGCAUGCUUACUCCCAGUUCGGCUCUGAGCUCGGUCCAAUAUAAACAAGCGGGUAUUGGCCAACGAGCCGACGUUGCCGAUUCUACCGGAGACAUCGCCGAGAAGGAGGCGGACGACCUUUCCUCUGUGGGCGGCUAUGCGCCGAAUGGUGCGGCCGAGGAGCAGACUCAAGCGAACGAAACGAACACCACGGAGCUCCCCGACACAUACCCCGACCUCACCGACGAAGCAGGCCGGAAAGCGGCGGCGCGGGAGCGCGACAGGAUCAAUGCUUAUAGAGCAGGCGGCAUCCGGUUCGCGCCGUGGAACAUACCAUAUGGGCGGCGACUGCAGACGAUGGCGGUGCUGGUGCACUGCCUAGGCAUCGCGAUGACAGUGUCGUUCUUCUUCUUCCUCUGCGCGAUCCCGCUGACGUGGCCGAUCCUGAUCCCGUACCUGCUACACAUGCUGCUGUCCAAGUCGGCGACGGACGGCCGGCUACGUGCGCGGUCGGAGUGGUUCCGACGGCUGAUGGUGUGGAAGUUCUUCGCCGGCUACUUCCCCGCCGAGUUGCACAAGACCCACGAGCUGCCGUCAACACGCAAGUACAUCUUCGGGUACCACCCGCACGGCAUCAUCUCCCACGGCGCGUUCGCGGCGUUCGGCACGGAGGCGCUGGGGUUUGCCAAAAAGUUCCCCGGCAUCACCAACAGCCUCCUCACCCUCGACUCCAACUUCCGCAUCCCGCUGUACCGCGACUACAUCCUCGCGCUCGGCAUCCAGUCCGUAUCCAAAGAAUCCAUCACCUCAAUCCUCACCACCGGCGGGCGCGACGGCGACGGCAUGGGCCGCGCGGUCACUAUCGUCAUCGGCGGCGCGCGUGAGUCACUCGAGGCACACCCAGGCACCCUACGCCUCGUCCUCGGCCAACGAAAGGGCUUUGUCAAAAUGGCGAUGCGCACAGGUGCCGACCUCGUCCCCGUGCUAGCCUUUGGCGAAAACGACUUGUACGACCAGCUCAGCGCCGACGAACACCCGCUCCUGCACCGGCUGCAGAUGUGGGUGCUGCAUACCCUGCGGUUUACCCUCCCGUUCCUGCACGGCCGGGGGAUCUUCAACUAUGACGUCGGGCUCAUGCCGUAUCGAAGGCCGUUGAAUAUUGUGGUUGGGCGGCCGAUUCCGGUGAGGAAGUUGGCGGCCGGGGAGAAGUUGGAUGUCAGGGAGAUGGAUCGGUUGCAUGCGGAGUAUGUGGCGGAGUUGGAGGGGAUGUAUGAGCGGUAUCGGGGGGUGUUUGUUAGGACACGGAGGGAGAGUGUGGCUGUGGGGAGUGGGCAGGAUGGGGAUGCGGGCGGGCAUGAGAUGGGUGGAAAUGCUGGCUUGGAGAUUCUAGAUUGA